AGACUGGGGAGGGUGGGGCAUCCAGGGAGAUUUAAAGAGCUCCCAAGGCACACCCUGUGCCCUGUGCUGCCGCCGGAUGCCUCAGCUCCUACCAUGGCCGAAACCACCAAGCUCCAGCUGUUUGUGAAGGCCAGUGAAGACGGCGAGAGUGUGGGCCACUGCCCUUCCUGCCAACGGCUCUUCAUGGUCCUGCUCCUCAAGGGUGUGCCCUUCACACUCACCACAGUGGACACACGAAGGGCGUUGGAUGUGCUGAAGGACUUCGCGCCGGGCUCACAGCUGCCCAUCUUGCUCUAUGAUGGGGAGGCCAAGACAGACACGCUGCAGAUUGAGGAGUUUCUAGAGGCGACGCUGAGGCCACCUGACUUCCCUAGCCUGGCACCUAGGUACCGGGAGUCCAACACGGCAGGAAAUGACAUCUUCCACAAGUUUUCUGCCUUCAUCAAGAACCCAGUACCUACACAGGACAAUGCCCUAUAUCAGCAGCUGCUCCGGGCCCUGACCAGGCUGGACAGCUACCUGCGUGCACCACUGGACCAUGAACUAGAAAGGGAGCCACAACUUCGUGAGUCCCGACGCCGCUUCCUAGACGGUGACCAGUUCACACUGGCUGACUGCAGCCUGCUGCCCAAGCUGCAUAUUGUAGAUACCGUGUGUGCACACUUCCGCCAGAUGCCCAUCCCUGAGGAACUGUGUGGUGUCCGCCGCUACCUGGACAGUGCCCUGCAGGAGAAGGAGUUCAAGUAUACGUGUCCACAUAGUGCCGAGAUCCUGGCAGCUUAUCAGCCUGCUGUGCACCCCCGUUAGCACCCCUGACUCCAUACACUCAUCUGCAGCCCCAUAAAGGCAUCUCUGCCCCAA